AGUGAAUAUUCGAGCUUACGCAUUAAUAUUGGGAAAAUUCAUAUGUGAUUCAAUCGCUUUGUGUCCGCAGUUUUUCAAAUAAUAUGCAAUUGCAAAGUAUCGAUAGAGAUAAAGUUUGCCAAUGGAUUAAUGAUUUAUGUAAUCCAGAUACAAGGGAAACAGCUCUUCUUGAAUUAAGUAAACGAAGAGAAUCCUUACCUGAUCUGGCUCCUUUAUUAUGGCAUUCAUUUGGAACUGUGGCUGCUUUAUUACAAGAGGUUGUUAAUUUAUAUCCAUCUUUAGCUCCGCCAAAUUUAACCGCUCAACAGUCAAACAGAGUUUGCAAUGCAUUAGCACUAAUGCAAUGUAUAGCAUCUCAUUCUGAGACCCGUGGACCAUUUUUACAAGCAAAUAUUCCUUUGUAUUUGUACAGUUUUUUGAAUACCAAUAGUCAGAAUCGUCCAUUUGAAUGCUUGAGGUUGACAAGUUUAGGAGUUAUUGGUGCUUUAGUUAAAACUGACGAUCAAGAGGUCAUAAGCUUUUUAUUGUCAACUGAAAUAAUACCUUUAUGUUUACGAAUAAUGGAAAAUGGAACAGAAUUGUCUAAAACCGUCGCUACAUUUAUAUUAGAAAAAAUUUUAUUAGAUGAAACUGGACUAUCUUAUAUAUGCCAAACAUACGAACGAUUUUCUCACGUUGCUAUGAUAUUGGGUAAAAUGGUUUUAUGCUUAGCUAAAGAACCAGCCACGCGACUACUAAAGCACGUAAUUAGGUGUUAUUUGAGGCUAUCGGAUAAUCCAAGGGCUAGGGAGGCUUUGCGACAAUGUUUGCCAGAUCCCCUGAAAGAUAUUACUUUUAGCAAAUGCAUUCAGGAAGACGCAUCAAUUAGAUUGUGGUUAAAUCAAUUGCUCACAAAUUUGGAAUUAAAUUUAGGUCAAAAUAUUUAAAAGUCAAAAAAAAUUGAAUCAAACUUAUUUUAAAUCGCAAUUAUAUUAAAAUAUAUACAUUAAAUGAUCUUAAAACUGUGAAUAUACAUAUUUAUUGCAAUUAAUAACUUAA